AGACCCCCUCGCUUAAAGGCAGUACCGUGCAGCAGCAGCGUGUUUCCCUUUAGGACAGGAAGGGAGCCCAGUUCACAGCAUGCCGUGGAAACAUUCACCCUUUCUCUCCCUUGCCUGCUGUGCAGUGAGAUUACAGAGCUACCUUAAAUAAGCUCCAGCCAUGAAUCUUAUCUUGGCCGUUGCAAACUAGCAGAAAGUUGAAGUGAUGACAGCAGAUAAGGGUGUUCGCUUUUCAACCUUAUUGGUUGGUUCUCUGGCUUAUUUUCCCCCCUCCCCUGAAAGCCAGUCAUUCAGAGGUAAGGCUGUCAUUCCACUCCCAUGGAAACCAUGGAAGGGACAACAAGGACCAGGUUCUAGAAGAGCAGAUCUCUCACCACCCGGCUUAGCUGUGUCACUGGCCAGGGCUCCAGACCUGCGUAAGGUUGUCAGCUGCGAGGAACGUGAACUCAUGUUGUCUUUGACCUUUCUUCACCUUGAAGGAGAGCAAAACGGAUCCUGGUUGUUAACUCCCCACCUCCUCGGCCUUGGGACAGUGAGAAAAGUUCAGUGUUGCUUCUGGUGGGAGUGAGGGAGCCGGGGCUGGUUCGCAGCAGGCUUACACAUUAAACCAUCGUAGCAAAGGCGAGCUGCGGGCUGACAAGAAGUGUAACCUGAGCAGAAAGGACACUAGUGCGUUUGAGCACGCUGAGGGAUUCUGGCAUGACCUGUCUGUCACUCUUUCAGUGCUGUAGCCUGAGCAGGUCUUACUGGUUUUUACCGAGGUGGUGGGAGCUGGAUGGGGUGUGGGCUCGUUUCUAUUCGUUCACAGACGUCUCCGCAAUCUUCUUUUCUCCUUUUUAAUUCCCCCCGGAUAUAAAUCAGAGAGAUUGGGUCCGUCCCGUUUGCUGUCACCUGGGCUCAACCCAGCUGAAUCCAUUUUGGAGGAUACCCUUGCUGCAGCCCUCUGGACGUGCUCCUCGGAGGAGAAGAAGCUAAAGCAAUUUGGCAUCGUUGCUGUAGUCAGAAGCGAAGAGACCUACCAGGAGGAUCUGUGGGAUGUCCUGAUCUCCCCCCAUUUGCCCUGCUGAGCAUAGGGUAACAGUAUUUGACCAUGGUGAUCACCCAGUUACAAUUGGAACUGUGCUUCCAUGGUGAGAAGCUGAGAGGUUUCACCUGCAAGUGGAUCAGGUCAGCCAGUGGAUUUCUCCCAGAGACUUCAUUCUCCAUUGCCUCCCAGGUUUUCAUGCCGUUCCUUCUGGCUGGCUUGGGCAUGGUAGCUACUGGCAUCUUGAUGGAUAUUUUUCAACACUGGGCUGUAUUUCAGACAAUUACAGAACUUUUUAUCCUGGUUCCUGCCUUGCUUGGCCUGAAGGGUAACCUUGAGAUGACGCUGGCAUCCAGGCUCUCUACUGCUGCUAACACCGGACAAAUGGAUGAUGCUGAUAACAAAUGGAAAAUGGCCACCUGCAAUCUAGCCCUUAUCCAGCUCCAGGCCACUGUGGUGGGACUUCUGGCUGCUGUUGCUGCUGUGAUCCUGGGAGCCAUCUCCAAGGGCUCUCUGGAUGUGAGCCAGGCUGCUGUGCUGUGUGCCAGCAGUGUCAUCACGGCCUUCAUAGCUGCACUUUGUCUUGGUCUGUUGAUGAUUGGUGUGAUCAUUGGAGCCAGGAAAGCUGGGAUCAAUCCAGACAAUGUCGCCACACCCAUUGCAGCAAGCCUUGGAGACUUUAUAACCCUUUCCCUGCUGGCGGCAUUCAGCAGUGGGCUCUUCAAAUACAUAGAUAUUAAAUGCCUUUCUCCUCUGAUCUGUACUUUCUUCAUCGUCAUGAUCCCUCUCUGGGUUUCUGUCGCCAAGCAAAGUCCUUCCGUUGCCGAAGUCCUGAAGUCUGGAUGGCUGCCGGUCAUUGUUGCUAUGAUCAUUAGCAGCAUUGGUGGGCUUAUCUUGGACAAAACUGUAACUGACCCACACUUUGAAGGCAUGGCAGUUUUCACACCCGUGAUUAAUGGUGUUGGAGGGAGCCUGGUUGCCAUCCAGGCCAGCCGUAUUUCCACAUUCCUGCACUUCUGGAGCGAGCCUGGAGUUUUGCCAUACAGGAUGAAGCAGAAUUGGCCCAACCCAUGCACCAUAUUCUUCUCAUCAGAAGUGAAUUCCAAGUCGGCCCGAGUCCUGUUCUUCCUGGCUAUCCCAGGGCACCUCGUGUUCCUCCACACUAUCCGUCUGCUGCAAGGAGGCCACGUAUCUCUGUCCUUCACCUUUGUGAUGUUCUAUCUGAUGGCUGCUCUGCUGCAGGUGGGAAUCCUGCUGUACGUGGCUGAAGUCAUUGUGCGCCUGAUGUGGAGGAAGGCGCUGGAUCCGGAUAACUUCUCCAUCCCCUACCUCACAGCCCUGGGGGAUUUCCUGGGCACGGGACUCCUGGCUGUCUGUUUCCACCUGGUUCGGCUUGUCCACGGCUUGUAGAUGAACCAAGGGCACUGAGAGACCAGUUUGGGCCCCCCCUGUCACCCCAUCUCUCCUCCCCAUUGUGCCUUACAGCUGGGCUCACCCCCCCUAAGGAAGCAGCACGCACAGACUUGUGCCCAAGCCCACUGCCCACGUGUCCACCCACCAGACAAUAAAGACCAUUGGACCAUGUGUAAUGAA